AUGGAAGUUAUGGCUACUAUAUUACUCGAAGAAGAAAAUCUACCUAGUCAUUUCAAGUUCAAGGAAUACUGCCCCCAAGUCUUCAGGAACCUCCGUGAUCGAUUUGGCAUUGAUGAUCAGGAUUACUUGGUGUCCCUUACCUGGAGCCCCCCAAGUGAAAGUGAAGGCAGUGAUGGUCGCUUCCUUAUCUCCUAUGAUCGGACUCUGGUCAUCAAAGAAGUAUCCAGUGAGGACAUUGCUGACAUGCAUAGCAACCUCUCCAACUACCACCAGUACAUUGUGAAGUGCCAUGGCAACACGCUGCUGCCCCAGUUCCUGGGCAUGUACCGAGUCAGUGUGGAAAACGAAGACAGCUACAUGCUUGUGAUGCGCAAUAUGUUUAGCCACCGUCUUCCUGUCCACAGGAAGUAUGACCUCAAGGGUUCCCUAGUGUCCCGGGAAGCCAGCGAUAAGGAAAAGGUUAAGGAAUUGCCCACCCUUAAAGAUAUGGACUUCCUCAACAAGAACCAAAAAGUGUAUAUUGGUGAAGAAGAGAAGAAAGUAUUUCUAGAGAAGCUGAAGCGAGAUGUAGAGGGGCCCCCCAAAAGGAGGUGUAUUUCAUGGUCCUCAUUGACAUCUUGACACAGUAUGAUGCUAAGAAGAAAGCAGCUCAUGCAGCCAAAACUGUCAAGCAUGGGGCAGGGGCAGAGAUCUCUACUGUCCAUCCCGAGCAGUAUGCUAAGCAAUUCCUGGAUUUUAUUCCCAACAUCUUUGCCUAGAGCCUGCCUGACUCCGUGGUGAUUGCUGCUUUAUGUUCAAGGUGGUAGGGUUCUGAGAGGCUUAUGGGGAACUGGAUAUUUGGCCACUUUUCUUCCACCUCUGCCUAAUUUAGGCUGUAGAUUCCUCCAUCCAAAUAACUUCAUCUUGAUGGAUAGGCUUUUCCUGGCCCCCAGAAAUAUACUGUCUUUUCUCCUCUUGCCCAUUUUUCUGCCCUCUCCCUGCCGCCAGCAAGCCUUCUUGCUUCAUUAGAGUGAUACUGUUGACUCUAUCAAGUGCCUUGAUCUUUGAAAUAUACCCUGUUCCUGUAAGAUAGGAAGAGCUGAAGGUAGGGAGUUGUGUGCCAUCUUCAGGACCUGACUGGACAGCGGAUGUCGCUCAAGCAACCUCUCUGGAUGCACUUUGCUCUGUGGGAUGAACUCAAGAGUGCCUGGAUUUUGUUAAUUUUCUAGAGCUCUCUCUGGCCUGCUUCCUUCCUGGUGCAGGCCAUAGGAUGGAGGCUUUCAGGGUACUGUGGGUGUGGGUGCAGGCAUCGCUCAUGACAGAAAACAGGCAGGUUGGUUCCUCACAGAGGCAGUGCCUAGGCGGACUUUUGUGACUAUGCAGAGAAUGGAGAGGGUCUCUACCAAGGGUUGACUGCUCUCCAUUCUCUUCUCCCACCCCACUUCAUUAUUCACAUGUACUUCUGGGUGCUGGAGCCCAGAAAUGCCAGAAGUAUUCAAGCCUGGGUACAGGAAUGUGACCACUGCUGAAUUUCCACAGAACCUUGCACCUUGGCUAGGCCUAGAGCCCUUCAGUCCACGUGUGUGGCUAGUUUUGAAGGCUGAGGUGACAGUUCAGAGUGCAAGGUUCAUUCUGCAUGUCAAAUAUCCUUCCUUCCUUGUUUAGCUGUCCCUGAGAUUCAUUUCUAGCAGAAGGAAAUAUAUGUACCUGGCUCAUUUUAGGAUGAGGGAGGGCUUGAGUGUGGGAACCCCUAUCCUUUGGAUGUGUAUACCUAGCACACUUCAUUCCCUACCCUUUUGCAAACUCUCCUGGUUGGAUUUGUUAUUUUAUUCCCUUCUGUCCUCUUCUACUGCUACAGAUGGCCUUCUUUGUCAUCUUCACUCUCCACCCCCAGAGAGGAGUCAGAGCCAUAACUCAGCCCCUUGGCCCCUCCCUCCAGAGAGAGCUGUUGAUGGGCGAUAGUCUCAGAAUGUUGAGGACCCAGCAGACAUGAUGGAUGUAAUCCCAGCAUUUGGGAGGCUGAAGCAGGAGGCUUGGCACAGGUGUGAGGCCAGCCUGGGCUACAUACAGAGUUAGACACUGUCUCAAAAAUAAAUAAGCUGGGUGUGGUGACACACGCCUUUAAUCCUAGCGCUAGAGAUGUAGAGGUAGCAGGAUCCCUGUGUUCAAGGCCACCCUGAGACUACAUAGUGAAUUCCAGGUCAGCCUGGGCUAGAGUGAGACCCUACCU